AUGGCCGAUAUUCUUAGGCCAUCUCACUAUGCAAAGCGGAAGCACUUGUCUCAAGCUCCUUCAUCUCCGCUUGCACCUACAUCACAGACCACAUCAGUGUCUCCUAUCCCUCCACCCGCUCCUAGAAGGAAGCGAGGUCGGGCGCCCGUCAUUGUGAAUGUGGUACCCAUUCAGGAUGUUCCUCCUGCUUCGUCGGUUAGGCCUCCUCCUAUCGUUGAGCCGAUCUCAGAGGCCUCUCCUAUGGAGCAUGAUGCUCCUGAUUCAUCUCAACCUGCGGCCCCGCCUUCUCCUGAGUUCAUCACUACCCCUCUUCCAGAGACUGACAACCUUGUUCGUGUUCCAUCCUCUCCAAGUGAGUCACUUGCUUCCUCCCCAGAGGCCUGCAUGUUCGGCUCCUUGGAGGACAUUUCGGCCUUGUCUACGAUCUUCACACGAUCGUUGACCCUUGCCUCUUCUGAACUUGAAGACAAAGGCGUUGCUACUGCUUCGUCUCUUGCCCUUGCUGCUGGUGAGGGACCCGAUGUGGCCCUUGCAAUCGUCCCUCUCCGAGCCUACCCCCCCUCUCCCUAUGACCUCGAUUGGGAGGAUGGGGCUCUUCUUCAAGAUGACGAUAUUUUGCAAUACGAUCCCCUCCUAAGGGCUACUCAUUAG